AGAGUGCACCGGAUAUCCGUGCCCGCUCUGCUGGUCGAGAGGAAGAAAGCUCGCUGCACGUGGAAAUCAGUAGGAGUAUCGAUUAAACCUGGUCAGGAUUUGAUUUUUGUUGAUUUAAAUCGUCGUGUGAGCUCUCGGUUUUCACCGUCGGUGCUGUAAAGCGAGGUUUUCGCCAACAUGUUCCUGCAGUACUACCUGAACGAGAACGGGGACCGAGUCUAUACUCUGAAGAAGGCGGACCCAGAGGGACGGCCCACCAGUUCGGCCCACCCUGCCCGCUUCUCCCCAGAUGACAAGUUCUCCAGGCACAGGGUGACCAUCAAGAAGCGCUUUGGCCUGCUGCUCACCCAGCAGCCCAGACCCGUCCUGUAGAGGAAGAGACCGGGGGAAGAGGGAUGGAGGGAGACGGGGUGAACAGUACUGUCCGGAGAGCAGAAAAAAGAAAAAAAAUCUGGGAAUUGGAUCCCACUUCACCCUACCCUCCUGGCCCAGCCUGACUCCAUGCAUCCAAUCCCAUCUGCUGUCACCUUGGAUGAUGAUCACAUUCACUUCUCAAGACUGGUGGACUCUUUGUAUUUUAUUUGAUUUGUUGACAUUUAUUUGAGCUUAUUGCUAUACUUAUAUGUGUUUUUUUUUUUUUUUUUUUAAGUUGGUGGCCCCUAUGUAAAUAAAUGCAGCACACAUUCAAAACUUGA